CCUGGGCGCGCCUCACUCGCAGCUGCCACCUUUGCGCCAAGGCUGAGGAUCUACCGCCUCCAGGAAUCUGGGUCGGUGGCAGGGGCCAAGGGACAGGAGGAGAAGACCCCCUUGGCUUGGCCUGGCAUGGCUGUGCCAGGCAGCUGAGACCCACUGACCCACACACAGGUUGGAAAGUUGGAAGGAACGUUACUGAAGGGUUUGCAAAGUGACCAGAACGGCAUUCCUGGGGCGGUUCCGGCUUGGACCAAAGUCCUGAAAAAAUGGAGAAGGAGGACGAAGCAACCCGGGAGGUCCUUCUCCCCGACUGGCAAGGCAGUGGCUCCCACGGCAUCACCCUCGACCAGACGGAGGAAGGCGUCUUCGUGAAGCAGGUCCAGGAGGAUUCGGCCAUCGCCAAGACGGGCGUCGUCAAGGAAGGGGAUCAGAUUGUGGGUGCCACCAUCUACUUCGACAACUUGCAGUCCGGGGAGAUCAACGAACUCCUGAAAAACGUGGGACAUCACACCGUCGGCCUCCGGCUCCAGCGCAAAGGAGACCGCUCUCCAUUGCCAGGACAGUCUUGGUCCCAGGACGUCUUCGUUCCCCAAAGUCCGGAAGUUGUUCUGAGUGGAGAUGAUGAAGAAUACAGGCGGAUUUACACGACAAAGAUUAAGCCUCGCCUCAGAUCGGAAGACGGCAUGGAAGUCGAACACAGCGGGACGCAGAGCAGAACGAUCACUGUCACCAAGAGAGUGACCGCUUACACCGUCGACGUCUCGGGUCGGGAAGGCGCCAAGGAGAUCGACCUCACCAGCCCAGAAUUUAAAAUCAAGAUCCCAAAGCAUGAACUCACCCACGUCUCCAAAGCCGAGAUCGGAACGGAGCCUGGGAAAACUGUGAUCAAGAUCCCGCACGGAGAUUUGUCGGGGAGAACCGUCCAAGUUAGAGACUCUGGGGCGCAGGAGAGACCUUCGGAUGCGGCGUCUUCUGGACUGAGGGUGGAAUCACCCUCCCGGAAGUUGGCAUUUGGCGUUCCGGAUAUCCGCAUGGAACAGCCUAAGGCAGGGACACCUGUCGUCCAGAUCUCGGGGCCUCAAGUCCCAGGUAUAGAUCUGAGAACCCAGACAGACUUUAAACCAGGCCUGCAUGUGACAAGUCCAGAGAUGAAUGGCAAGAUGGGUGGCGUUUCUGACAUAGACUUGAAAGCAGGGGUUCAGGGAGGCAAACAGUUUGGGAUCUCAGGACCGAAAGUCCAAGGUGAUGUGGGAGGGUUGGAAGGUGAUUUGUCAAUGCCCCGUUUCACAGGUCCUUCAGGUAGUAUCUCAGGCCCCCAAAUCCAAGUGGGUUUCCCUGGGUCAGGCGUCCAAGGCAGUAUGAAAGCUCCAGACGUUGCAGGGGACCUCAAGUUUCCUGCAAUGAAAAUGCCCAGAUUUGGGAUAUCAUCUCCAGUUUCUGAUGUUGAGGUUCCUCAGCUUGAAGUGGCUGCUCCUUCAGUGACCAUCAAAUGCCCAGAAGGGUCCCUUAAGGGUCCCCAAUACACAGUGGGAGAUCUUGGAGUCACACAACCACAGAUAGAUGUGCAACUGAAAGGACCGGACUUGAAAGGUGGCAUGAAAGUGACUUCUCCAACUUUGGAAGGGCCCAAGGUGGACCUUGCGGCUCCAGACGUCAGGCUCGAAGGCGGAGAAGGGAAAAUUAAAAUCCCCCACAUGAAACUUCCUAAGUUUUCUGCAUCAGGUCCCACAGUGGAUGUGUCCGUGCCAAAAGGCGGAGUCACCAUCUCCGGACCUAAACUGGACACACAAAAGCCAGACGUGGCUCUUGAGGCGCACGUCAAAGGACCCAAGUUCAGCCGGCCUGAAAUGGCUGGCCAGAUGCCCAAAAUCUCCAUGGCAGACGUUGACUUGAACCUCAAGGGCCCCAAAGUGAAAGGAGGCACUUUGGAUAUUUCGGGGCCGAGGGUGGAAGGCGGACUGAAAGGGCCUGAAAUGGGCAUUAAAGGACCCAAGCUAGAUAUCAAAGCUCCCAGUGUUGAACUUGAAGGUAACCUAAAAGGCCCAGAAGUCUCAAUGCCGUCUUUGAAAACAUCGCCAGUAAAAGUAUCUGUGCCAGACGUGGACUUGAAAGGGCUGGCACUAAAGGGCGAUGUGGACGUUUCCAUGCCAAAGAUAGAAGGGCUCAAAGGGCCCCAGGUUGAUAUUAAAGGCCCCCAACUGGACAUAGCUGCACCCGGCUUUGGAAUCAAAGGCCCAGGUGGACAACUGAAAGGUCUUCACAUGAAGACCCCACAAAUCUCAAUCCCAGACAUUGACCUCAAUUUGAAGGGCCCUAAAAUCAAAGGAGAUGUGGAUGUUUCCAUCCCAAAAGUGGAAGGAGAGUUAAAAGGCCCUGCCCUUGAUAUCAAGGGACCCUCCAUGGACCUAAGUGCACCAGAUGUUCAGCUUCAUGGACCUGAACUCAAAAUGCCCAAAAUGAAAUUACCUAAAUUCGGAGUGAAAGGUGAAGUCCCUGAUGUAGAUGUCAGCCUCCCAAAGGGCAGCAUUGACAUUUCAGGCCCCAAGAUAGACGUUGAAGCUCCCAGUUUGGGCAUCAAAGGUCCUGGAGGACAACUGAAGGGUCCCCAUGUCAAGAUGCCAGAAAUGCAUGUCAAGACCCCUCAAAUCUCCAUGCCAGAUAUUGAUCUGAACUUGAAAGGCCCUAAAAUCAAAGGAGAUGUUUCCCUUCCAAAAGUGGAAGGAGAAUUAAAGGGCCCAGCUGUGGAUAUCAAAGGCCCCCAACUGGACCUUGGUGCACCAGAUGUUGAACUUCACGAACCAGACUUCAAGAUGCCCAAGCUGAAGAUGCCCAAAUUCAGCAUGCCAGGUUUCAAAGCUCCCGAGGUAGACAUCGGUCUUCCAAAAGGCAGUGUUGAUAUAUCGAGUCCGAAAGUCGCCGUGGAAGGACCUGGCUUGGAUAUAGAAGGACCCAAAAUCUCGGCCCCAGAUGUGGACUUGAACCUGAAAGGCCCAAAACUCAAAGGUGAUGUGGACAUUUCUGUGCCAAAGAUAGAAGGUGGACUCAAAGGGCCCCAGGCUGAUAUUAAAGGACCUCAGCUGGACAUAGCUGCACCCAGCUUUGGGAUCAAAGGCCCUCAACUGAAAGGGCCUCAUAUGAAGACCCCACAAAUCUCAAUCCCAGACAUUGACCUCAAUUUGAAGGGCCCUAAAAUCAAAGGAGAUGUGGAUGUUUCCAUUCCAAAAGUGGAAGGAGAGUUAAAAGGCCCUGCCCUUGAUAUCAAGGGACCCUCCGUGGACCUAAGUGCACCAGAUGUUGAGCUUCAUGGACCUGAACUCAAAAUGCCCAAAAUGAAAUUACCUAAAUUUGGAGUGAAAGGUGAAGUCCCUGAUGUAGAUGUCAGCCUCCCAAAGGGCAGCAUUGACAUUUCAGGCCCCAAGGUAGACGUUGAAGCGCCCAGCUUGGGCAUCAAAGGUCCUGGAGGACAACUGAAGGGUCCCCAUGUCAAGAUGCCAGAAAUGCAUGUCAAGACCCCACAAAUAUCCAUACCAGAUAUUGAUCUGAACUUGAAAGGUCCUAAAAUCAAAGGCGAUAUGAGUGUUUCACUUCCAAAAGUGGAGGGAGAAUUAAAGGGCCCAGCUGUUGAUAUCAAGGGCCCCCAACUAGACCUUGGAGCACCGAAUGUUGAAGUUCACGGACCUGAACUCAAGAUGCCGAAAAUGAAAUUGCCUAAAUUCGGAGUGAAAGGUGAAGUCCCCGAUGUGGAUGUCAGCCUUCCAAAAGGCAGCAUUGACAUCUCCGCUCCCAAAGUAGACAUCGAAGGGCCGGAAUUGGACAUCGAAGGACCAGAAGGCAAGAUUAAAGGUCCCAGAUUCAAGAUGCCCGAAAUGCAUAUGAAAACUCCCAAAAUUUCCAUGCCAGAUAUUGACUUGAACUUGAAAGGGCCUAAAGUGAAAGGGGGCCUGGAUGUCUCCGUGCCCAAAGUAGAAGGUGGCUUGAAAGGUCCUGGGAUCGAUAUCGAGGGACCGAAAUUGGAUGUCGACGUGCCAGAUGUUGAUCUUCAGGGCCCUGAAGGAAAACUGAAAAUGCCCAAAUUCAAAAUGCCGAAAUUUGGAAUGCCAGGCUUCAAAGGAGAAGCGCCCGAUGUGGACGUCAGUCUUCCAAAAGGCGACAUUAAUAUCUCCGGUCCCAAAGUAGACAUUGAUGCUCCUGGCUUGGACAUUGAAGGGCCCGAGGCCAGAAUUAAAGGUCCAAAAUUCAAGAUGCCGGAGAUGCAUAUGAAAACUCCUAAGAUAUCUAUGCCAGACAUAGACCUGAAUCUGAAAGGCCCCAAAGUCAAGGGAGAUGUGGAUGUCUCUAUUCCUAAAGUAGAAGGUGGUUUGAAAGGUCCCGAAGUUGACAUCAAAGGCCCCAGCCUGGAUGUUGAGGUACCCGACAUCGAUCUUCAUGGCCCAGAAGCAAAACUGAAGAUGCCCAAAUUCGGGAUGCCCGGUUUCAAAGCAGAAGGUCCUGACGUGGAUGUAAACCUCCCCAAAGCAGACCUUGACGUCUCUCUUCCAAAAGUAGACCUUGAAGCACCAAGCUUGGAUGUUGAAGGUCCAGAAGGAAAAUGGAAAGGCCCUAAGUUUAAGAUGCCAGAAAUGAACAUCAAGGCUCCCAAGAUUUCCAUGUCGGAUGUCGAUUUGAAUCUGAAAGGGCCAAAAUGGAAAGGGAACGUCGACGUUUCUGGGCCAAAGCUCGAAGGAGAACUCAAAGGGGACAUCGAGGCUCCUAAACUGGACGUCGACCUCCCAGAUGUGGAACUGGAGGGGCCUGAAGGAAAAAUCAAAGGUCCCAAAUUCAAAAUGCCCAAACUGAAUAUCAAAGCGCCUAAAAUCUCCAUGCCAGACGUCGACCUGGACCUCAAAGUCCCCAAAAUGAAAGGAGAAAUGGAUGUAACCAUUCCAACCAUCGAGGGCGAUUUGAAAGGACCCAGCAUUGAUGUAAAGGGCCCCAGAGUCGAUGUGGAUCUCCCCGAUGUUGACCUCGAAGGCCCAGAUGCCAAGUUGAAGAUGCCCAAGAUGAAGAUGCCCAAGUUCGGGAUGCCUGGCUUCAAAGGGGAAGGCCCUGAUGUUGAUGUGGGCCUCCCCAAAGGAGACCUGGAUAUUGAUAUUGAAGGUCCAGAUGCAAAACUGACCGGCCCGAAGUUUAAAAUGCCAGAAAUGCAUUUUAAAACGCCCAAAAUUUCCAUGCCAGACAUUGACUUAAAUUUGAAAGGACCCAAGCUGAAAGGAGAGGUUGACGCUUCCAUCCCCAAACUGGAAGGAGAACUGAAGGGCCCCAACAUUGACAUCAAGGGUCCCUCGGUGGAUUUGAGCGGUCCAGAUGUCGAUCUUCACGGCCAAGGGAAACUGAAGAUGCCGAAACUGAAGAUGCCACAUUUUAGCGUCUCCGGUCCCAAACUGGAAGGCCCUGAUGUGGAUCUGAGCUUGCCGAAAGGAGACAUUGAGAUUGCUGGUCCAAAGAUAGACGUCGAAGCUCCGGAUAUUGAUCUCGAGGGCCCUGAAGGGAAAAUUAAAGGUUCAAAAUUUAAGAUGCCGAAACUAAAUAUCAAAGCGCCUAAGAUUUCCAUGCCGGAUGUCGACUUGCACCUUAAAGGCCCGGGUUCGAGAGGAGAGAUGGAUGUAACCGUGCCAAAUCUCGAAGCUGAUAUCAAGGGGCCCAAACUGGACAUCGAAGCACCCGACCUUAACUUAGAAGGCCCUGAAGGAAAACUGAGAGGACCCAAGUUUAAGAUGCCAGAGAUGCACAUAAAAGCUCCAAAGAUUUCCAUGCCAGACGUCGAUUUGAACCUGAAGGGCCCUAAACUGAAGGGAGAUGUUGACGUUUCCCUUCCAAAACUAGAAGGAGAAUUGAAAGGUCCGGAUGUGGAUAUCAAAGGACCCAAAUUGGAUGUUGAUGCCCCAGAUGUUGAGCUUCAUGGCCCUGAAGGGAAACUCAAGAUGCCAAAAUUCAAAAUGCCUAAGUUUGGGAUGCCUGGAUUCAGGGCAGAAGGCCCAGAAGUGGAUGUAAACCUACCAAAAGCAGACCUUGAUGUUUCUCUUCCUAAGGUUGAUGUUGAAGCACCAAGUUUAGACAUAGAAGGUCCAGAAGGAAAGCUGAAAGGGCCCAAGUUUAAGAUGCCGGAUAUGCACUUCAAAACACCCAAAAUUUCCAUGCCAGAUAUUGAUUUGAAUCUGAAAGGCCCCAAGUUGAAAGGAGAUGUCGAUGUUUCGGUGCCGAAGCUGGAAGGCGACCUGAAGGGACCAGACAUCAAUGUCAAGGGUCCAAAGUUGGAUAUCGAUGUUCCUGAUGUUGACAUUGAAGGCCCUGAAGGAAAGUGGAAGAGUCCGAAGUUUAAGAUGCCAGAAAUGCAUAUAAAGGCUCCAAAAAUCUCCAUGCCGGACGUUGAUCUAAACUUAAGAGGACCCAAACUCAAGGGCGAUGUAGAUGUUUCAGUUCCCAAAUUAGAAGGUGACUUGAAAGGACCAGACCUUGAUAUCAAGGGCCCCAAAGUGGACAUUGAUGCGCCAGAUGUUGAGUUGCAUGGCCCUGAAGGGAAGCUGAAAAUGCCAAAAUUCAAGAUGCCCAAAUUCGGGAUGCCCAGCUUCAAGGCAGAAGGUCCUGAUGUGGAUGUAAACCUGCCCAAAGCAGACCUGGACGUUUCUCUUCCUAAGGUGGAUGUUGAAGCACCCAGUUUAGACAUAGAAGGUCCAGAAGGAAAACUAAAAGGGCCAAAGUUUAAGAUGCCUGAAAUGCACAUCAAGGCUCCCAAGAUCUCCAUGCCAGAUGUGGAUUUGAAUUUAAGAGGCCCUAAACUGAAGGGAGAUGUUGAUGUUUCGGUUCCAAAGCUGGAAGGCCCAGAUGUGGAUAUCAAGGGUCCCAAACUGGACAUCGAUGCACCGGAUGUUGAGAUUGAGGGUCCUGACGGAAAGUGGAAGGGCCCCAAGUUUAAGAUGCCGGAUAUGCACUUCAAAACACCCAAAAUCUCCAUGCCAGACUUUGACCUGAACCUGAAAGGUCCCAAAGUAAAAGGGGAUGUAGAUGUGUCUGUGCCAAAGUUGGAAGGUGACCUGAAGGGCCCCAACAUUGACAUCAAAGGACCAAAGCUAGAUGUCGAUGUUCCAGAUGUUGAGCUGGAAGGUCCAGAUGCAAAGCUGAAAGGCCCUAAAUUUAAGAUGCCAGAUAUGCAUUUCAAGACACCCAAAAUCUCCAUGCCAGAUGUGGACUUCAACCUGAAAGGCCCCAAACUGAAGGGAGACCUAGAUGUUUCUGCUCCCAAGCUUGAAGGUGACUUGAGAGGACCAGAAAUUGACAUCAAAGGUCCCAAGCUGGAUAUUGAUGCCCCAGAUGUUGACCUUCAUGGUCCAGAAGGAAAACUGAAGAUGCCCAAGUUCAAGAUGCCCAAAUUCGGGAUGCCCAGCUUCAAGGGUGAAGGCCCAGAUGUGGAUCUAAGCCUCCCAAAAGCAGACUUUGACGUGAACCUGAAAGGUCCCAAACUGAAAGGGGAUGUGGACGUUUCUCUGCCAAAGCUAGAAGGUGACCUGAAGGCCCCCGAUAUCGAUAUCAAAGGACCAAAGCUAGAUGUCGAUGUCCCAGAUGUUGAACUUGAAGGCCCAGAAGGAAAGUGGAAGGGCCCGAAAUUUAAGAUGCCCGAAAUGCACAUCAAAGCACCAAAAAUUUCCAUGCCUGACAUAGAUUUGAACCUAAGAGGUCCCAAGGUGAAAGGUGACCUGGAUGUGUCCGUGCCAAAGAUAGAAGGGGACUUGAAGGGACCGGAAGUAGACCUCAAAGGGCCCAAGUUGGACGUUGACCUUCCUGAUGUUGACCUGGAAGGACCUGAAGGAAAACUGAAAGGUCCUAAAUUUAAAAUGCCAGAAAUGCAUAUCAAAACUCCCAAAAUAUCUAUGCCUGAUUUUGAUCUCAGCUUGAAGGGACCCAAAGUGAAGGGAGAUGUGGAUGUGUCCGUUCCAAAGUUGGAAGGUGACCUGAAGGGCCCCGAUGUUGACAUCAAGGGCCCCAAAGUCAAUGUCGAUGUUCCAGAUGUUGAGCUUGAAGGACCCGAAGGGAAAGUCAAGGGCCCCAGAUUCAAGAUGCCCGACAUGCAUUUUAAUGUUCCCAAAAUAUCUAUGCCCGACAUCGAUUUGAAUUGGAGGGGCCCUAAAAUUAAAGGGGAUGCAGAUGUGUCCGUGCCAAAAAUAGAGGGAGACUUGAAAGGCCCAGAUGUUGACAUCAAGGGUCCCAAAAUCGACAUUGACGCGCCUGAUGUCGAGAUCGAAGGCCCAGAUGGGAAAUGGAAGGCCCCCAAAUUUAAGAUGCCUGAAAUGAACAUUAAGGCACCCAAAAUCUCCAUGCCUGAUAUCGACCUGAACCUGAAGGGACCCAAACUGAAAGGGGAUGUUGAUGUUUCCAUGCCAAAAUUAGAGGGUGAUAUAAAAGGUCCCAAAUUAAAUAUUGAUGCCCCUGACGUCAGUUUAGAGGGUCCAGAGGGAAAGAUUAAAGGUCCAAAAUUUAAAAUGCCCGAAAUGCACAUCAAGGCCCCCAAAAUCUCCAUGCCUGACGUGGAUCUGAAUCUGAAAGGCCCUAAACUGAAGGGAGAGGUUGACGUAUCGGUUCCAAAGCUGGAAGGUGACCUCAAAGGCCCCGACAUUGACAUCAAGGGUCCCAAACUGGACAUCGACACACCGGACGUUGAGAUUGAAGGUCCUGAUGGAAAGUGGAAGGGCCCCAAGUUUAAGAUGCCAGAUAUGCACUUCAAAACGCCCAAAAUUUCCAUGCCAGACUUUGAUCUGAAUCUAAAAGGUCCCAAAGUCAAAGGCGAUAUAGAUGUUUCUGCACCAAAGCUGGAAAGCGAUUUGAAAGGUCCCGAUGUGGACAUCAAAGGGCCGAAGCUGGAUGUCGAUCUUCCGGAUGUUGAACUUGAAGGUCCAGAAGGAAAGUGGAAAGGCCCUAAAUUUAAGAUGCCUGAUAUUAAAGCCCCAAAGAUCUCCAUGCCAGACGUCGAUUUUAACUUGAAAGGCCCCAAUUGGAAAGGAGACGUGGACGUUUCGCUGCCCAAAGCUGAAGGUCCCGACAUUGACAUCAAAGCGCCCAAGUUGGACAUUGAUGCGCCAGAUAUUGACUUGCAUGGUCCAGAGGCCAAGCUCAAGCUCCCCAAAUUUAAAAUGCCCAAAUUCGGCAUGCCUGGCUUCAAAGGCGAAGGUCCUGAUCUGGAUGUAAAUCUCCCAAAGGCAGAUGUUGACCUCUCUGCUCCAAAGGUGGACAUUGAAGGCCCUGAGUUAGACCUUGAAGGUCCAGAAGGCAAAAUUAAAGGCCCCAAGUUUAAGAUGCCUGAAAUGCACAUCAAGACGCCAAAAAUUUCCAUGCCGGAUAUUGACCUGAACUUGAAAGGUCCAAAACUGAAAGGAGAUGUAGAUGUUUCGUUACCCAAAGUUGAAGGUGAAUUGAAAGGACCGGACAUUGACAUCAAAGCGCCCAAGUUGGACAUCGAUGCGCCAGAUGUUGACUUGCAUGGUCCAGAGGCUAAGCUCAAGCUCCCCAAGUUUAAAAUGCCCAAAUUCGGCAUGCCUGGCUUCAAAGGCGAAGGCCCUUCGGUGGAUGUGAACUUGCCCAAAGGAGACAUUGAUAUAGCUGGACCCAAACUGGACAUUGAAACCCCUGAUUUAGAAAUCGAAGGCCCAGAAGGAAAACUGAAGGGUCCCAAGUUUAAGAAACCCGACAUGCAUUUUAAUGUCCCCAAAAUCUCAAUGCCAGACAUUGACUUGAAUUUGAGAGGCCCCAAAUUGAAAGGGGAUAUAGAAGGUGACAUUAAAGGUCCGACCGUUGAGCUGAAAGGACCAGACGUUGACCUGGAGGCACCAAAAAUAGACAUUGAAGCAAAGCCAAAGAAAUCGAGGUUUAAACUGCCCAAAUUCAAUUUUUCCGGCCCCAAAGUCCAUACCCCAGAGGUUGAUGUGAAACUUAAGAAACCAGACAUUGACGUUUCAGGUCCUAAAGUUGACGUUCAAGGCCCAGAUGUUGACUUGCAAGGCAAAGUGAAAGGUCCUAAGUUCAAAAUGCCUUCCUUGAACAUUACGUCGCCCAAAGUUUCAAUGCCAGAUGUGGAACUAAACCUGAAAGCGCCGAAACUGAAAGGAGACCUAGAUGUCUCUUCGCCAAGCUUGGAAGGAGAUUUGAAAGGCCCAGAUGUUGACAUCAAGGGCCCAAAACUAGAUGUCAACCUCCCCGAUGUUGAUAUUGAAGGUCCGGAAGGAAAGUUGAAAGGUCCGAAGUUUAAGAUGCCAGACUUACAUUUCAAAACUCCUAAACUCUCCAUGCCAGAUGUGGACAUGAACUUAAAAGGCCCCAAAUUGAAGGGGGAUGUUGAUGUUUCGAUUCCAAAACUGGAAGGUGACCUCAAAGGUCCAGAAGUGGACAUCAAAGGACCCAAAUUGGACAUUGAUGUUCCUGAUGUUGACAUAGAAGGGCCAGAUGGGAAACUGAGAGGCCCCAAGUUUAAGAUGCCAGAUAUGCACUUCAAAACACCCAAAAUCUCCAUGCCAGACUUCGACUUGAAUCUGAAAGGUCCCAAAGUAAAAGGAGAUAUGGAUGUGUCUGUGCCAAACUUGGAAGGUGACCUGAAGGGCCCCGACAUUGACAUCAAAGGACCGAAGCUAGAUGUCGAUGUUCCCGAUGUUGAUCUUGAAGGUCCAGAUGCAAAGCUAAAAGGCCCUAAAUUUAAGAUGCCAGAUAUGCAUUUCAAGACACCCAAAAUCUCCAUGCCAGAUGUGGACUUCAACCUGAAAGGCCCAAAACUGAAGGGAGACCUAGAUGUUUCUGCUCCCAAGCUUGAAGGUGACUUGAGAGGACCAGAAAUUGACAUCAAAGGUCCCAAGCUGGAUAUCGAUGCUCCAGAUGUUGACCUUCAUGGACCAGAAGGAAAACUGAAGAUGCCCAAGUUCAAGAUGCCCAAAUUUGGGAUGCCCAGCUUCAAAGCAGAAGGCCCAGAUGUGGAUUUAAGCCUCCCCAAAGCAGACCUGGAUGUUUCCCUUCCAAAAGUAGACCUUGAGGCACCAAGCUUGGAUAUUGAAGGUCCAGAAGGAAAACUUAAAGGCCCUAAGUUUAAGAUGCCAGAAAUGAACAUCAAGGCUCCCAAGAUCUCCAUGCCAGAUAUUGAUCUGAAUAUGAAAGGCCCUAAACUGAAGGGAGAGGUUGAUGUUUCAGUUCCAAAGCUGGAAGGUCCAGAUGUGGAUAUCAAGGGUCCCAAACUGGACAUCGAUGCACCGGACGUUGAGAUUGAGGGUCCCGACGGAAAGUGGAAGGGCCCCAAGUUUAAGAUGCCCGAUAUGCAUUUCAAAACUCCCAAAAUCUCCAUGCCAGACUUCGAUUUGAACCUGAAAGGUCCCAAAGUAAAAGGGGAUGUAGAUGUCUCUAUGCCAAACUUGGAAGGUGACCUGAAGGGCCCCGACAUUGACAUCAAAGGACCGAAGCUAGAUGUCGAUGUUCCUGAUGUUGAUCUUGAAGGUCCAGAUGCAAAGCUAAAAGGCCCUAAAUUUAAGAUGCCAGAUAUGCAUUUCAAGACACCCAAAAUCUCCAUGCCAGAUGUGGACUUCAACCUGAAAGGCCCCAAACUGAAGGGAGACCUAGAUGUUUCUGCUCCCAAGCUUGAAGGUGACUUGAGAGGACCAGACAUUGAUAUCAAAGGUCCCAAGCUUGAUAUUGAUGCUCCAGAUGUUGACCUUCAUGGACCAGAAGGAAAACUGAAGAUGCCCAAGUUCAAGAUGCCCAAAUUCGGAAUGCCAAGCUUCAGAGCAGAAGGCCCAGAUGUGGAUCUAAGCCUCCCCAAAGCAGACCUGGAUGUUUCUCUUCCAAAAGUAGACCUUGAGGCACCAAGCUUGGAUAUUGAAGGUCCAGAAGGAAAACUUAAAGGCCCUAAGUUUAAGAUGCCUGAAAUGAACAUCAAGGCUCCCAAGAUCUCCAUGCCAGAUAUUGAUUUGAAUUUGAAAGGCCCUAAACUGAAGGGAGAUGUAGAUGUUUCGGUUCCAAAACUGGAAGGUGAUCUCAAAGGCCCAGAUGUGGAUAUCAAGGGUCCCAAACUGGACAUCGAUGCUCCAGACGUUGAGAUUGAGGGUCCCGAUGGAAAGUGGAAAGGCCCCAAGUUUAAGAUGCCAGAUAUGCACUUCAAGACACCCAAAAUUUCCAUGCCAGACUUCGAUUUGAACCUGAAAGGUCCCAAAGUGAAAGGGGAUAUGGAUGUGUCUGUGCCAAAAUUGGAAGGUGACCUGAAGGGCCCCGACAUUGACAUCAAAGGACCAAAGCUAGAUGUUGAUGUUCCCGAUGUUGAGCUGGAAGGUCCAGAUGCAAAGCUGAAAGGCCCUAAAUUUAAGAUGCCAGAUAUGCAUUUCAAGACACCUAAAAUCUCCAUGCCAGAUAUGAACCUAAACCUGAAAGGACCUAAAGUGAAAGGUGAUGUGGAUGUCUCCAUGCCAAAGAUAGAAGGGGAUCUGAGAGGUCCUGACAUUGACAUCAAGGGUCCUCAUAUAGAUGCUCCCGAUCUUGAUAUUGAGGGGCCGGAUGGAAAAUUGAAAGGACCCAGAUUUAAAAUGCCUGAAAUGAACAUCAAAGCUCCCAAAAUAUCCAUGCCAGAUGUUGACUUCAACUUGAAGGGCCCAAAACUUAAGGGAGAUGUUGACCUGGAUGUAUCUGCCCCUCAGAUUGGUGGUGACCUGAAGGGUCCAGACUUCGAUAUAAAGGGACCUAAACUAGACGUUUCAGUGCCUGACGUUGAGCUGGAAUGUCCUGAAGGAAAACUCAAAGGACCCAAGUUUAAGAUGCCUGACAUGCAUUUCAAAACACCCAAAAUUUCAAUGCCAGAUUUUGACUUGAACCUGAAAGGCCCAAAAGUGAAAGGAGAUGUGGAUGUGUCCGUGCCAAAGCUGGAAGGCGAUCUGAAGGGUCCUGAUGUCGAUAUCAAAGGACCGAAGUUAGAUGUAGAUGUUCCGAAUGUUGAGCUGGAAGGUCCCGACGGCAAAUGGAAAAGUCCCAAAUUUAAAAUGCCAGAAAUGCACAUUAAAGCGCCCAAAAUCUCUAUGCCUGACGUAGAUCUCAAUCUGAAAGGACCUCAGAUGAAAGGCGACUGGAACAUUUCUGGACCGAAACUUGAAGGAGAUUUGAAAGGUCCUGAAAUUGAUCUCAAAGGCCCAAAGUUGGACAUUGAUGCUCCAGACGUUGAUAUCCAUGGCCCAGAGGGAAAGGUGCAUUUCCCCAAGAUGAAGCUACCCAAAUUCGGCAUGCCUGGGUUCAAAGGAGAAGGACCUAGCGUAGAUGUCAAUCUACCCAAAGGAGAACUGGAGUUGUCCGGCCCCAAAGUCAACAUCGAAGCUCCCAGUUUGGACAUUGACGGCCCAGAAGGACAACUGAAGGGCCCUAAGGUCAAAAUGCCUGAAAUGCACUUCAAGACGCCAAAAAUUUCCAUGCCAGAGAUAGAUUUAAAUCUAAAAGGACCCAAGGCAAAAGGCGAUCUUGAUGUCUCUGUUCCCAAAAUAGAAGGCAACCUCCAAGGUCCAGAUAUUGACUUGGAGUGUCCAGAUGUGAAUAUCGAAGGGCCAGAGGGAAAUGUCAAACUCCCGAAAUUUAAGAUGCCGAAAUUUGGGUUCGGUGCAAAAAGCCCUAAAGCAGAUGUGAAAUCUCCCGCUCUGGACGUCUCCCUUCCAGAAGGCGAACUGAAUGUGGAGUCUCCCGACUUUGCCAUUUCCGGCAAAGGGAAGAAAAGCAAAUUUAAAAUGCCCAAACUCCACAUGAGUGGGCCGAAAAUCAAAGGCAAAAAGGCUGGGCUUGAUGUCGGCGGAGAGAUGGACGUGAACGUGAAAUCCCCAGAUUUAGAAGGAAGCGUUUCUGUCCCUCAAGCAACCCUGAAAGGGGAUGCGAACAUCAAAUCUCCAAAGGGCAAAUCUAUGUUUGGGAAACUCUCUUUUCCGGAUGUUGAGUUUGAUAUAAAGUCACCCAUGUUCAAGGCGGAUGCUUCGUUGCCCAAAGUGGAAGGAGAAAUCAAGACGCCCGGCUUAGACGUUUCGUCUCCGACCAUUAAGUCGCCCGGUCUUGACAUUACGGUUCCCAGCGGAAGCGCCAGUCUCCCUGACGUGAAUAUUGGAGGUCCUGACAUCAACCUGAAGAAGCCGAAGUUCAACCUCUCCAGCGGAAAUGUUGACCUGGCCGGCCCCAAAUUGGAAGGAGACCUUCGAAUGCCUAGUCUUGAUGCAAACAUCAGCGCUCCAGACAUCAGCCUGAAAGGCUCCUCCGUUGACAUAUCCCCUCCUUCUCUCUCGGCCCCUGAUCUGGACAUUAACUUGAAAGGACCAAAGAUCAAAGGUGAUGUCGAGCUUCCCAAAGGAGAACUGCAUGGCCCAGAAGGAAAACUAAAAUUCCCCAAAUUUGGCUUGCCGAAGAUUGGGAAACCAGGCGUGAAGCUGGAAGGGCCCGACGUGAACCUUCAAGGGCAAGUGCCUUCCGCAGACAUCGAUGUUUCAGCCCCGAGUAUCGAAGGAGGUAUGAGCCUCCCAGCCGUUGACGUCAGCUUGAAAGGACCAAAAUUAGGAGGAGACGUGGGUCUUUCUGGUGAUGUAAAAGGUCCAAAGAUGGGCUUUGGCAUGCCAGAUGUUGACAUUGGUGGUUUCGAUGGGAAGAUUAACAUGCCCAAAUCCCCAGGUCUAGAUGUCAACGUGAGUGCUCCAGACCUAGACCUGAAGGGUCCGGGGGUGAAAAUGACCUCCGGAGGAAACAUCUCCGCACCCGAUUUUGAUGUGAAUCUCAAAGGACCAAAGAUUAAAGGAGAUCUCGGCUUUUCUGGCGGUGUCACGUCCCCCAAAGUGAACUUGGAAGGUGGUUCUGGAGCUGGAAUUAAAAUCCCUUGCAUGAAGCUCCCUCAGUUCGGCAUCUCCGGCCCUCAAGGCGAAGGAGGAAUGAGCAUUUCGGGGCCACAGAUCAAAGGGCCUGAAGUCGAUCUCAAAGGGCCUAACAUAUCUGCCCCAGACUUUGAUUUGAAUGUGAAAGGACCAAGUUGGAAAGGCGACGCUCACAUGUCCGGCGAUGUGAAAAUGGGCGCACCAGGGCUGAAGAUGUCCGGCAUGGGCUUGGACGCCGACGCUCCCGACGUCAGCUUGAGAGGGCCUUCGCUCAACGUUUCGGCCCCCAAAGUUUCCGGACCAGACUUCGAUGUCAACUGGAAAGGGCCUAAGGUCAAAGGAGAUGUCCAAGCUCCAGAGCUUGGCAUCCAAGGGGCAGGAGAUAUCCGGUUUUCUGGACCAAAGGGAGGGGUGGAUGUCAAAGGUCCUUCCAUUGGGGUCAGUCUUCCACAAGGCCAUUUCGAAAGCCCUUCUGGGAAAGUGUCAUUCCCCAAGAUGAAGAUACCCAAAUUUGUGGUUUCGGAGCAGGAGCUAACAGGCAGGGAGGUUGGCGUCGACGUCGAGUUUCCCCAAGCGCCAACGGCGAGCCUCCACGCUGGGGCCGCCAACAUCGAACUGGAAGAGCCCGAUCUGAAGCUUAAGAAGUCUAAAAUCAAAAUGCCAAAGUUUGCUUUCUCUAAACCAAAGGUCAAAGGCAGCGUGGGUUCCCCUGAGGUUUCGGUUUCUGGGGGGGAAGGAGAGCUCAAGGCAAGUUUAGGUUCCUUGGAAGGGGAUGUGGAUGUCGGAGAAGGGUCGGCCUCUCCAAAGGGAAAAUUCUCCUUCUUUAAAACCAAAAAAUCCCGGCACCGGUCGUCGUCCUUUAGCGAUGAGCAUUCCUCGCACUCGACGCCGACUGGCACGCUGGAACAUGAAGGGGGGGACAAAGGCAAGCAUGCCAAGCUGAAAUUCGGCACCUUUGGGGGCAUAGGGUCAAAAACCAAAGGUUCGUACGAAGUGACGGGGAGUGACGAUGAGAUGGGGAAGGUGCAAGGCAGCGGCGGUGCCGCGUCGUCAAAAAAGUCCCGGCUGUCCUCUUCAUCGAGUAAUGACAGCGGGACGAAAGCCGGUUUCCGGAUGCCGGCGGUGGAGCUAACGGUGGCGAAGAAGAAAGAGUGAAACGGAGAAUUCUCAUGUACAUAUGGUCUCUGUGUAUAUAUCUAUCUAUCCAUCUACAUCUCUCCUUCCCCUUCCUGUGUGUGUAUAUACAUUUCUUAGCUCAGCAAUAAGAUAAAAAUACAGGUGAAGCCCGGCGAAACAGUAGGCCUUAACUGAAAAUGUCCUGCUUCCGAGAAUACGUUGCGGUUGCAAAACUGUGAAAUGUGCCAAUGUUGUCGUUUUUUAAACCCUUGUUAAAAGCAGCAGUCCAACUUGGUUUGGUCAGUGAUCUGUAUCGUUUCGAAUUCGAUCGGUUAUCAUUGGUGCCGGGGGUCAUUUCCGAAUAAGAAUCACUUGUUCUUACUAUGGAAAUGAAAAAAAUAAGGUCUGGAAUGAUGUGAUAUUUAAAGCUGUGCCAUUAAGAAAGAUGGGGAUGUACAGUUCCUGGAAUCGAAUCCUUCUUUGUAUCCAUUUGGGAAACUUUGCGUUCAGGCUUUGGGUUUCACGCUUUGUAAUGCCGAGAGCUUUAACGUUUAACUUACGGCUCGCUUUGGAAAACGUACCUUUUUCUUCCCCCCGAUUUGCCAAAUAUCUUUAUGGAAAUGUGUCUUAUUUUACCUACUUUUUCUCUCUCUCUUUGCUUUUAUCUGCAAAUGGGGGGGUUAACAUUGUUAUAAUGGGGGGGGUGGAUAUAUUAAAAAAGAGAGAAAAACACUGUAAAAAUAUAUAGACGCAACUGAGACGUGUCACAUUUGGAAACCAAGAAAGUCAAUAUUUGUAUUGUUCAGUAACGGAUAGACAACAUGUAUAUUUAAAACAACACAUUCACAGUUUAAUUUAAGUUUCAUUUGGGGAAAAGAUGGCAUAUUAAAAUGAACCAUAAACAUCCCUUUGAAUAUAUCCUGACAUGAUCUUAGUUGUCUCCAUAUAUUGGUUAUCCUUUUGUAUAAUAAGACAGGAGUUCUCGGAGUUUUGGAGCAUUACUUUUACCCCCCGUACGGCUAUUUUAUUCCCUUCCAUCCCCACCGAUGCCAUUUGUUAUCUCUUUGGGUUGCUAACAAAUGUUAUCUCGACUUCAAACCAAUACGAUAAAAGGAUUAAAAUAAAAUUCUUUCAGCACUUUAAGGGCAAAUUUAAAUUGAGAAUGUAUGGAGAAUGGUCUUGUAAAAUGCAAAAUAAACUGUUUAUUAACCUUUUGA